UUGAUGUUUGACUGUGCCGAAGCAAAUAUUUUCACCUCUGUCGGAAACCAGAGCCGAGCAUAAUGACAACUAGCCACGGUUAGCAUGCUAGUACGCUAAACUAAGAAGAUUUCUUUCUACUAAGAGACAAACACACUGCUGGGCACUAGGACCCAUGAGGCUGUUCAGCCUGUAACAUCCCUGCGCUAGGACCCAACGGCCGGCCUCUUUGUCUCCUCUUCCGCCUCCUCCUCCUCUUCGUCCUCUCGUCUCACUCCGCGUCUCUCUCCAUCAGCAGCGGUCUGGAUGCUUGCAGGGACGGAAACAUGGCUGUGAAUCUGGGCAAGAACAGACUGGAACUGCUGACCGCCUACCAGGACGUCAUUGACGAGACCUCGGACACUGACUGGGCCUUGUACACAUAUGAGGAUGAAAGCGAUGAUUUGAAAUUGGCAUCAUCAGGAGGAGGCGGCCUGGCAGAGAUCACGCUGACCUUCGACAGCGCCCGGGUGAUGUACGGCUUCUGCAGCCUGAAGGAACCCGCCGCCGCCCUGCCAAGAUAUAUCCUCAUCAACUGGGUCGGGGAUGAUGUGCCGGAUGCCAGGAAGUGUGCCUGUGCCAGCCACGUGGCCACUAUCGCAAACUUCUUACAGGGGGUGGAGGUGACUGUGAAUGCCAGCAGUCUGGAAGAUAUCGACCCGUCGGCCAUCGGACAGAGGCUGACCAACGGGACGGCUGUGGUGGCAAGUCCCGUCCUGAGCCGCCUGAGGACCCGAGAGGAGGACAACAAAGACGUGGGCACAGUGUACGAGAAGACUAAUGCAGAGGUGGAGAUGAAGAAGAUCAAUAGGGAGGAGUUCUGGGAGCAAGCCAAGCGCGAGGAGGAGGUGAGGAAGGAGGAGGAGAAGAAGAAGGCAGCAGAGGAGAGGCAGCGUUUUGAAGAGGAGCGAAUGGAGCUGGAGAGGAAAGAGCAGGAGAGCCGAGAGCAGAGAUACCGCGAGAGGGAGCGGCAGAUCGAGGAGCACCGGAAGAAGCUGCAGGAGGAAGAAGAGGCCAAAGAGAGAUUGCAGAGCCAGGCAGCCAUGGCAGCAGAAGCCAGCCUCGAUGACCUUAACCUGGACAAGAAGGAGAAUGAGGUGGAGGAGGCGAAGGCCAUCAUCGCUCAGCGCUCAGGAAACCCUCGGGAGUUUUUUAAGCAGAAGGAGAGAGCCAUGACCAUCAGCGUCGACACCUCACCCGUCUCCGUCCACAGGAGCGGCCGUUUGGACAGCCCGUUCUUGAGGCAGCAGCACAGUCCCAGCAGCCCAAGUCCGAGCCCCCUCCCCCGGGGCACGUCGCCCCUCCGCACCCCGCCACACUCACGGACACAGCCCACCGCCGCCGGAAGCAGAGAUCGCAACAUGGCCGCCGUGUCACCCAUCCCUAAAAUAGUCACCACCUCCAUCAAUGAGGACUUCUGCAAGGAUGAUGAGGACUGCAGAGACGAGUGGGGUUCGGUGCCAAAGAAGGAUCAGAAAGCCCCGGUCCAGGAUUCGGCCCCCACCAAGCCCGUGCAGAGCGUGGCCCCGCAGACCCGCGACUCCUCUGGCUUCUCUGCGUGGGAGUCCGGGACAGAUCGCCUGGUCAACCUGUGGGAUAGCAGCUCCGACGCUCCCCAGUCCCAGAACUCCCAGUCCUCCAAUCUGGUCGACCUGAUUGGCGACGCUGCUAUCCCGCCUGGCAACAGCGCCAAGCCUCAGCCCCUCCUCAGCUUCGAUGACAUGAUGGAGGGGUCUUUGUGCUCGGCCACCGGCCCCGAGGACGACCCCACCAGCCUGGUGGACGUCAUGGCCGAGGACCAGAUGACCCUGAGCUACCAGCAUGCAUUGCAGCAUGCAUCCGAGGAGAAGAAGGAGCUGCUGAUGACCAACGGGGAGACGAAGGAAGGGACUCAGGCAAGUGAGGGCUAUUUCAGCCAAUCACAGGAGGAAGAAUUUGGCCAAUCAGUGGAGUCCUCGGCUAAACCUGCGCCUGUCUUUUAUAACAAGCCACCAGAGAUUGACAUUACGUGCUGGGACACAGACCCAGUGGGCGACGAAGACAGCGACUAACCGGCCACUCAGACGCCACGACCGGACCAAGAGGAAGUAGGAAGUGUGCUUUAAGAAGAAAAUGAUUUUUUUUCUAAAAAACAAAACACAAACAAAAAAAACCAAUAAUAUUAAUAACAAAUCUUGCAUCGAAACUACUUCUGUAUUAUCUUUUAGAAGAAAAACAAAACAGUAGCCACCGGGGAAAGAAAAUACGGGGUUUGCGUUAAAUACGGUUUGAAGGCUCAGUUUUCUUUUCUGUGUUUGUUAUUUUAUUUAUUUGUUUUUUCUUUUGCAAUGCAGAUGUAAUAGCUGGGAGCGGGGGGGGACUUUUGUUUGUGUAAAUGAUUUAUUACACAUUAACGUAGCGCACUGCUGCAUAUUAGAGACAAUGAAGCCCAGUAUGUGGCAGGCAGCCGGCACACCUAGUCUGUAGUGCUUUAAUAACACCCUAUAAAACUAAUACAGUGCAUCAUUACUGCUGCCAUGUAUAUCUUCACUCUCUGUUUCCUUUCUUAUGUCUUUUUCACCUUUCUCCUUCUUGAUUACUUCCUCUGUUCAUAUCCAAAAACAUUCACUUUGGCAAGUCAGUUAAUCUUGUAUUUAGCAUACUUUAUUGGAAAAAAGUUAAAUGUUUUAUUUAUUCUGGUCUAUUAUAGAUUAUAAAGGGACCCUGAAGAUAUCAAUCUAUUCCCUAAAUGACAUUCCUGAGAGAACUCAAACUGUGGCUAUGUAUUGGCCUUUUCUUCGCUCCUUUUGUAUGAUUUUUAAAACUGAAUUCAAGAUUAAAUGGCUUGUUAAUCUGGUUGCUUUUUCCAGUGCACUUUUAUUUCUUCUGCCUCGUUGUGGAUAAGCAGGAGCUUCUAAAUCAGCCCUCCCUUCUGGUUCCAUAGAAAUCAUACUUUUUACCCCUAUUAUAUAUUAAAACAAAGCAAAUUAAACAACAUUUUUUGCAUCAAAUCUAGAUGAAUAUACUGUAGAUAUUUUUCCAAGUGUUUUGUAGGAGGCUUUGGCUUUAAGGUAAUGAAAACAAAGCCAUCUUCAGAUUGUGCACAUUAGAAAAAAAAGAAGCUUUUGUAUGAUUCUUCUAACAUUUCUCCAAAGGCUAACGAUUAUAACAUUUUCCACCAAGCCCUUCAGAAUGCGGGCAUUUCUACACAACAGUGGGCACAGUUUUCAUCUUCUGAGAUGUGGAGGGUUUAAGCAGGACGCCCUGCCUUUUUAGUUUAGAGUAUUCAUUUUAAAUAUUUUGGGCAUAUUUAGGCCUUACUGUCCCACAACCAGCUGGAAGCAAUCUUGGGCCGAACUAUGUUUGCUUAUACUAUUUUCUGACUUUGUUUUAAUCUGCAUGGAGAACCAGAUGUUCACAUUUAUUCACAUCAGUAUUGAUUUUUAUUCUGUCUGAUAAGAUUUAAUUUAUCAAUCCUACCUUUUCUUAAGUGGCUUAUUUACAGCCAGUAUCGAUCAGAAAGGCAAUUACAGAAUUCAAUAAACCGUUAAACCUAAAUAUGGGCAUCCGAGGAUUAUGUGACAAUAGGCCUAAAAAAUGUGUCCUUUCUCCAUCACAACUAGGGACUGAAAGUUAGCAUAUCUCCGCCUCUUGUUCUGCUUCUGCUUUGACAAUUUUAACAGUUCUCCUUAAUACUAACUGUCCACAUGUAUUGGAAGUGCAAUACAAAACACCAAUUUAAGGCUUCUGUAACAUUUCAACCACGUUAAAGUAAGAAACAAUGCGCCAUGUCAUACCACUCAGUGUUGUUUUUAUUCAGGUAACCAGAAAUACAGUAUAUAGCGCAUAAACAGGCUUAAAUCAUCUGUGAAUUUGCAAAUUCUGCAAUGUAGAUCUAAAUUGAAAUCUAAUAAGCCAGAAAUGAUGAGAUCCAGAGGAGAUUGCAAUUAAAUACAUGUGGAAAAAUAAAAGGAAUCCUAUGAUGAAAAGAUAAAAGCGAUUAAUCCUGUGCUUUCAACACACAGGAAUAGAAGAAAAGGGAACAUUUCCAGUGUUUGUGGGAAUUUUUUUUAAAUUGCAAACAUUUAAAAAGCUUUCCUGACAUCUGUUUCUCCUAGCAGUUUAAAACUAAACGUGAUUCCUGAUUCCUCUCUGACCCACGUCUGCUGCCCGUCUGCUUUUGUUCUGUGCCAAUGCAAAAAACUAUCAUAUGUAUUUUAUUUUUUAUUUCUUAUUUUUUAUUGAUGCAAUAUUUAGUUGCCCUGUUAACUGGAGUGAGAGGUGGGGCGGGGCCGAGACGGGAUGUGUGUGUGUUUUUAAUACCUGUCGAAAAAGUGCUAGAAUUGAUUUUCAGGACCUUUUUGAAUAUUAGCAACAACAGUGUUAGUCUUUUUUUGCUGUAAAUUCCUGUAGAAAAUAAAAACUCCUAGGCAAUAAUA